CUUCAAAGAAGAAAAACAAACUCAGAAAGAAUUGGGAUCUUGAAGAUGAUUUAUAUGAUACUCUAUCUUGCAUGGAAGUAAACGUGAAAAAGGAGAUUCAAGAUUAUGAUGAUGAUGAUGAUGAUGAAGUUGAGAUAAUGGAUAUGGAUCAUGAUCAGACGGUAAGGAAAGUUGCAGAGUUUAGAGAAAGAUUAAUGAAUGAAGUUAAUAGGCCUUACUGUGAGGAAGAGUGCAAGAGCCUAUUGCAACAUUUUAAUCUUAGAAAGCCGGUUCAAAGCUACAGAAGUUUGCGUCUGCGUGGGGUUGAAAAAAUCCACGAGCGAAAUCAUGCAAAGUCUUAUCAUGAUGAUUAUCUUGAUCUUGCAAAGCAAAUAGAUGCAGCUGGUGAUGAUCUUCCCAAAGUUCUGCAUCUCUUGCGUGGAUUUUUCUUUUGGUUGAUACAUGUAGCAGAUGAAGGGGCGUUCGUGCCAUGGAGAGUUCCUUUGGAUUUGGAUGUACUGCCACAACAUUAGGAAAGAUGUUAAUUUACUGUGUUUAUUUUUCUAUGGUCAUGUAAUGCUUAUCAAUUCUGUUUUAAGUAGGUUUGUUAGAAUUGGGUGUGUUAUAUUAUCUGUCUUCAGUGUAAUCAGCAUUAACCUUUUUUGGUUUAACUUCUUGCCAAGCUUGGUUUCAUAGAAUUUAAUGUAGUUUUUAGGAUGAAAUGUCUUAUAAUUGCUUCUAUAUCUUGUAAUUUUGAGAUAAUUAGUUUGUAAUGGGGACACCAUA